CACCAGUCUGCAGUAAAGAGCAAAUUGAAAAUACCUGAAUGAUGUGAAAGGACCCUCAGACUGAUUCCUCAGUAACCUAAGAUGAUCUAAUAUCCAGCAGAAGUACAUCAAAAAGCAUGGAAGAGAAGAAGGUGAAACAAGAAGAGCAAAGUGCAGAAGAAUCAGCUUUCCUGGAAGCCCUGCUAGAAUUUCAAAUUGAAAGAAAAGAAGCAGCAAUUGAUAAGGUUUUGUUUGAUUUGAAACAAGUGGAAAAAAAGAACAAAGAAUACAAUGAAAGAAAUGACAACCUGAAGGAGGAACAGCAGGCACACAUCAGGCGUAUACUAAGAAGAAUAGAGGAAAAGGAGCAAGAAAAAGAUGCAAAGGAGGUUGUAACUAGGGAUGAUGUGGAAGAAUCACUGAAAGACAAAUGGCAAUAUGCCAAGGACAAAGAGCAAAUUCUAAAAGACCUGCUCUUCCAAACAGAAGAAACUGACCAACGACUUUCAGUAAGGCAGAGUGAGAGGGAUUAUUGGUUGGACUACAAAAAUGUAGGAAGUAGGAUGGAUGCCAACAAGAUUAAGAAUCUGAAAAGAGACAUCAAGGAAGUCAAAAAUGACUUUGAGAGGUCUUCAGAAUAUUACAGAAAUGCUCUGAAAGCAGUGAAAGAAGAGAAUGCUACUCUGGUUGAGAUGUACAUGAAGAAAAAUAAGGAACAGGCCCCAGAGAACGCUGUAAGAUACUUAGACAAAAGCAGCUGCAGAGAAAUUGAAGAGAAUGAGUGGCUAAAGGAAGAGGUUAAACUGUACCGAAAGGAAGUGAGAGAUCUGAAAGCCUCUGUUCAGCUCCUGGAAGAAGAAAAUAUCAGUUUAGUGAGAAAACUGAUGGAUAACAAAAUUCAGAACCUGAGAGUACCCAGGCGUUUAUUUCUUACUCAGGCAGCUGGCUUGCAAGAUGAAUCUCUCCAGGAUGAAAGUAAAGCAGUAGAGCAUAGAGAGUAUUCAGCAAAGACUGAUGGAGAGGAAAGCCUCGGGAGAUACACAGUCUCCUGUCAGAAAAAGAAGUCCUUUCCAAAGAUUCAGUGUGAAACAGAGAUUGAGAAAUCACGGGACCGUGAUGAAGAGCUGCAGGAAAUGUCAUUGACUCCCAUUCUUAAUAGCUUGUUUGAAGUUGAAAGAGAUUUCCAGGAAUACUUAAAAUUGGGUCCUCUGGUAUCAAAACCAAUCUGUGUGGUUGGAAGAGCCAUGCCUAUUCAUAAAGAGCCAGAAGAAACACCAAGCAAGAGCCCCCCAGAAGGUGACUACAUUGGUGGAUCUGACAGGCACAUCACACCUCAGAUGAUCAAGGCCUUAUCUGAAGAAGAGCUUGGUUAAAAAAAAACAAGCUGGGUUGUUAACACAGAAAUGUAACAUUCUUGAUUCAUUAAAGAUUUGCUCUGUCCUUCAAGGAAUGAAUGCACUUUGUGGAACUAUUUUUGAAAGCCUGAAUCAUCUACAUAUUGAAGUUUAAUUCGAGGCACGUGGAGAGCUGCUUUCCUUAGAUACAGAGGAGAGUCCUGUGCAUGCCCUGGGCUUCUCAAUCCAAGCAGCUGCAGGCGUAGCUAAGAAAUGAUCUGAGUUACUACUUAGCUUUCGUGGCCCCUGCUUGCAGCCUGUCAAAUGUGGGAUGCACCCUGAGCAGACACUGAAUGCAGAUUGCCAUCAAAUAUAGGACGUAUAAUACUUUGCUAAAUGAGAAUCCAGGUUAGCCAAGCACAAUUCAAAUAUUGUUAGAAAUGGAAUGUUUGAAUCAUUUUAUCUGUCUGUAUCAAAAAUUCUACUUAACCAUCUUAC